CACUUCUUGUUCUUUUGUUCAAUGAAAUCGGACUCGGAACAAGCGUGGUCGAAUUUUGGGAUGUAUAGCAUUGAGUACCUAUUGAAGUUCUACUAAACCCAAAUGGACGAACGUAUAACCUCAGAUCUCGACAUAGUUCUGAAAUCAUUCACUUUUGAAGAAAGUGAGGGUACACAGGAAUCACUGACUGUCACCAUACCCGAGGUUCUUGACCCCCAGUAUGGCAUGUACGUGUGGCCGUCGGCGGUCAUUCUCGCCCAGUAUACAUGGACGCACCGUAGUCAGCUUGCGGACAAGACCCUCCUGGAGCUUGGGGCCGGUGUGUCUCUCCCGGGGGUGGUGGCAGCCAAAUGUGGCGCCAGGGUUAUCCUGUCCGACAGUGCCCGGUUGCCCCUCUGCCUGGAAAACUGCAGGAGAAGCUGUGCUGCCAACGGGCUGGACGGGGUACACGUUAUGGGGCUGACUUGGGGGGAAAUUUCCCCAGCUCUAGUGUUCCUUCCUGCGCUAGACAUCAUCCUAGGAUCCGACGUUUUCUAUGAACCAGAAGAUUUCGAGGACGUCAUUGUGAGCGUCGCUUUUCUUCUGAAGAAAAGCCCCAAGGCAGAGUUUUGGACCACGUAUCAAGAGAGGAGCGCUGACUGGUCCAUAGAAGCGCUGCUGCACAAGUGGAAGCUUCAAUGCGUUAGUGUCCCGCUACUUAGCUUUAAUGCUAAUCGGACUCAACUAGCUGGCUCUACACUUCCUGGCCGACAUACGGUUCAAAUGCUAAUUAUUAAACUGGACGCCUAGCAUCUAUCCUGGUCAAGUAUUGCUAUGGAGUCUUUCCUUGAAGACUUGCUUGAGAAAUAUACAGGGAUUUAUUUGAUUGGUUCAUUAUUGUUGUAUUACAUUGAGUUUUAUUGUUAGCCUCCUGCAUUUCACAAUGUAAUGCACUUGCACGAUUGUCAAUAAAGCAACUUCCGAGAAAAAAAACACUUGAGUCCAUUUUAGACAAAUCACCAAAUCUUUAUUUUCAUUCACAGCGGAAUAGGUACACCACAUUCAGAGAGGGAUGCAUCAUGGGCAUGUAGCUUUAGCGUGAUUAAAAGAAAUGAAAGCAAACUUCAAUCCAGGUUACCUUUCAGGAUAGACUGGACAAGCAGCAGUCACCCCUUGGUAGUCACAGGAGAAUACUGGACACAACGCCACUUAACAGCUAACCCGCAAUACUCAACCGCUACACAACUGCAGCCUAGUGCACAAAAAAUACAGGGAAGAAGAUUAGAAACCAAAGAAAAAAAAGUCGACUACUGCCAGAUCCUGUAAAAAUACAAUAUACCUUAAAAUCUGUGGUGGACUUCAAAAUUGUGGAUUUAAACUGACUUAAAAAAACAUGUCAAAGAAAAUAGAAAAAAAAAA